AUGUAUGCGGUUGGGAGGUUAGGGAGUUACAUCUCGAGGGGGGUAUACAACGUCUCGGGGCCUUUUCACCCUUUUGGUGGAGCUGUGGAUAUUAUAGUAGUUCAACAAGAAGAUGGGAGCUCCAAGUCUUCGGCAUGGAAUGUUCGGUUUGGGAAAUUUCAAGGGGUUUUGAAGUCCAAGGAGAAGGUGGUGAACAUUUGUGUAAAUGGAGAGGAAGCUAGUUUCCACAUGUAUUUGGAUAAUAAAGGGGAGGCUUACUUCCUUAGGGAGGUUGAUGCAAAGGAAGGGGAAUCUGUGUUGUUUCCUUCCUCGUCUUCCAGUGAUGAGACGGAUGAGCAAUCUCGAGAAAAGAGGCAGCCAUUGAAGUCCAAAAGUUGCAAUUAUGAUGCUGAAAGUUUGAUUGUUGAUCAGAAAGAUAAGUGCAAUGGGAAGGUAAUGUCCAGGACUAAUUCCCGGAAGUCACGGAUAUUUGGGAUAUUUGGAAGCAGGUCAAUGAAAGAGAGAAUGAUGGUUAAAGAGGAGGCAGAGGGUGAUGAUAGCACAGUUCGAAGGGCGGAUUCUUUGGAGCGUGCUGAGUUUGCAGCCAACCUUUUGGAGGUGAAAUGGUCCACUAGUCUUGCCACCAAGAAAGCUAGGAAAGAGGGUAGUUCUCGUCUUUCUUGUCCUGAUAUAUUGGAGAGUGGAGUCGAUGAAGAUAUGCAGAUUAGUUCCGAGCACCGCCGAGUGUGCUCAUCUCUACCUGAUUGUGCUUUGCGGGGGGCGACCGCCUUCUGCAAUGCCCAGAUAGGCAAUGCUCCUCUGUCUGGCUUUGACAAAUCACCUAGUUAUGUGGAGGAAGCUAGUCUAAUUUCAUGUUUAAACUCCUCGGGUAUAGUGUCUAGAGUAUGCAGAGAAUUGGAUGAGUCUGGAGUAACUGAAAAUGAUGGCAAUGUGAAGGUGCUUGUAUCCAAUAUCACAGGUUCGGGUGGUUCAAGUCCACACUCAGUAGAGGGGGAAGCAUUUCCUGGCAAGCAUUUUGUUGGACAGGUUAGUGAUGACAAAGGUGUUGUACGAGCUGGCUGUGGCGUUUCCCAGAAGGAUGUUAAAAUAGAUAAAGAUAAAUCCUUUAUAUACUGUGAAUCAUCAGAGAGCUCAGUAGUGGGAAUAGAUGGUUCCAGCAAACAAACUCAUGAAAAGCUUUACAUUACUAGAGGAGACAGUGGAAGCAUUCAUGUUCACGCCAAAGCAGUUCAUGCCAGAACUGAACUGCUCUCUAAGGAUGCAGUUACUGAGCAGUUUGUUGAAGAUAUUGCCUUAAAGGUGCAACCAUUGGAGACUCCUGAAACAGAUCGUCAUUCUUGCACGGGUAACCGUAAUGGGGACCUUAGGGAGCCAGAUAAAGCUGCAGAGGACUGUAGUCAAAUGGUCCAUAAUAGUGCAUUGCCCGAUUCAGUUGAGAUUGAGUCACAUAUCCUUUCUAGGUUAAGCAACUCUGACCGUAAACUUCAUGAUAAGAAAGAAUUUAAAGGUGAAGAUAUCUCAUGUGAAGUCCAAACAUCUUCUGGGUACAUUAGUGGUUCUGAAAUCACUGAAGCCGCAAGUGUGGUGCCACUGGCAAGACUAGAAGAAGAACAAUUUCUUUUCAGUGACUCUGAUGAACUCAACACCACUAAGGUUCAAUGCGCAGAGUCAACUUCUUCACAUUGUGUAGAUGGAGAAAUUAGUGUCUUGUGUAGUCCGGAUGGCAGUAAAGAAUUGAGUGGGUCAGCAGUCAGUACAAGUUAUGAGUCAUCUUCAUCUCCAGAAAAGUGUACUCAAGAAAUCCCCUCAACUGGUUUUGAGAAAGUUAUCGGAAAACUUAACGCAGCAUCAACUACAGUCGACAUCCCUAGAAAUCAUAGGGCUGCUGAUAAGGAAGUUGGGAGGCUGGUGGAAUCAUUGCCCAUUAUGUGGCAUCAGGCCGAUAAUUUGAGUGCACUGGAUCUUGAUUGUCCUUUGAGCCAUUCGCUGGACUCAGAAGCUAAAACCUUGAAGUGGAUACAGCAAAAUAGAGAUGAUCUGAGCUGUGUAAAGUUGGACAAAGAUCAACAGUCACCUCUGGUAAAGCUAGACACUGAGAAUGCUGAGGAUACAGCGGAGCUAGCGGAGCUCAAAGAUGUUCCCGGCAGUCCUGCACUAGGAGAUCCCUCAGAGGCAAGUGUUACCCCUAGUGGAAGAUGGAAACUCUGGCCUUUCCGUUUCAGGAGAACAAAUUCCCAGAAGGCUCUGCAACCAAAUCCAAAUUCCCAGAAGGCUCUGCAACCAAAUCUGAAUGAUUGUGGAAGUCCUGAAGUUGAGAAUGCUGCAGAAAGCGCGGUUGGUGUGGAUAGUAUUGACUCUGUGCGUACACCAAAGGGGAUGAAGAAAACAGAAAGGGCAACCUCUCCAACAUCUGAGCAGUUGGCAUCCUUAAAUCUAAAUGAAGGGAGGAAUACAGUAACGUUCACGUUCUCUACUGCAAUGCUAGGAAAUCAGCAGGUUGAUGCCAGAAUUUAUCUUUGGAAAUGGAAUACCCGUAUAGUGAUCUCAGAUGUGGAUGGGACAAUCACAAAAUCAGACGUUCUAGGUCAGUUCAUGCCCUUGGUUGGUGUAGAUUGGUCACAAACAGGUGUCACACAUUUGUUUUCAGCCAUUAAGGAAAAUGGAUAUGAAUUACUUUUUUUGAGUGCACGUGCUAUUUCUCAGUCCUCUCAGACGCGACAAUUUCUGUUUAACCUUAAGCAGGAUGGGAAGGCUUUACCUGAUGGGCCUGUUGUUAUUUCUCCUGAUGGACUUUUUCCUUCUCUUUUUCGGGAAGUUAUUCGGAGGGCUCCUCAUGAAUUCAAGAUUGCAUGCUUAGAGGAUAUCAAAUCGUUGUUCCCUCCUGAUUGCAACCCGUUCUAUGCUGGUUUUGGAAACAGAGACACUGAUGAGUUCAGCUACCUCAAGGUUGGAAUCCCCUUGGGUAAAAUCUUCAUCAUUAAUCCCAAGGGUGAGAUUGUUGUGAACCGCCGUGUUGACGCAAAGACAUAUACUUCACUUCAUGCUCUUGUAAAUGACAUGUUUCCCCCUACAACCUCCUCAAAUGAGCAGGAGGACUUUAAUUCGUGGAAUUUCUGGAGACUCCCACCACCUGAUGUCAGUUGAGGUGUCAAACAGAGUUUUAGGCCUUCUUUGGUCCUUUCUAGAUAUGCAGACAGAUGAGUUUUGCGACACUUGUUUCAGAACUGUUGAGGUAAAUCCCAAUUUCACAUUUGCUUCAUCUGUCAGAAAACUCGGUAUGGAGUUCUGGGUUGUAGAAUGAUGGUGCAGCAUCCACUGAACUUUCAGAAUAUAAUCGCUGAAGUUCUGCAGUUCUGCUUUGCUUCCUUAUUGAGCUGGCUGAUAUAGCGGUAACUUGAAGCAAUAUAUGGAAGACAUACAGAGAACGGUUGAACCAGUAUCACCUCUAUACUGCUCCAGUUUCUCUCAUUGUUUCUCUUCUGUUAAAUCCAAUUUUGUACAGUUCACGACUUCACGUAUUUUAGU